UUUGUAAGAUAACUUAGAUCAGAAUGCGCGCCCUCCUCCUGUGCUUGGGAUUGUUGGCCACCGUAGCGGCCCAAAACUAUGAUGAGGUGUUCAAAACCGACGCCUCAGCGAUCUUGGAAGACAAGGCCAAGUGGAAGAUGCUGUUCAACUGUCUCAUGAACCGCGGUCCGUGUGAAGAGUACCAGGUUAUAAAAGAUGCGCUGCCUAAACUUGUCGCGACUAAAUGCGAAGAAUGCACCCCAGAACAGAAGGAGAAGUUCAACAAGAUUAUGCAGCAGUUCGCACAGAAGUACCCAGAAGAUUACGCGGAACUGUCCAAGAAGAUGUUCCCUAAGCCUGACGAAUAAAUGGUUGUUGUAAGAGAGAUUUCACAUUGCGUCCGCUAUCGGAUUUCGGACCUUUUGAUAAAUAAUUAUAUGACAUUUUUACGCAAAUUGAGGUAAGCUUAAGAAAGCUUGUGAUGCUCAGAUGAUAUGUACACUUAAUUUAAUGUGAGUACCUUUUGCCCAUGCCAAAACAAAGUAACUUUUUGAGAAAAACAAUUGUCAGAUAAUUAAUGAUUCCCUACAAAACUACACAUAUAAGGCAUUAGAUCCUUUCAGUUUUGAAAAAAAUAAAUGGCACUUUUUAACUCCUCCGUAUAAGUGUACAAGUUUCUAAUGGGUCGGCAACGCGCAUGUGACACUCCUUGAGUUGCAGGCGUCCAUAGGUUAUGGAGACCGCUUUCCAUCAGGCGGACUGUAUGCUUGUUUGCUACCUACGUAGUAUUAAAAAAAGUAAUCAUACCGUCUCUGCUAUCCGAUGUCGGAACGUAAAUUAUGAAAUCCUCUUAAUUUUAUUAGUACCUAUUGACUUUACGCUAUAAAUGUUGUAUUAAAUGCAAUACUGUGAAAUUAUUCUUUUUUUUGUACAAGUGGCGAGUUAACUUGGUUAAAAAUUAAUAAAAUAAUAUAUAAUAAAUAUAUUGGUUUCUUUAUUUCUGUGUAGGUGAGAAAUGAUUGUUUUUUUUUCAAAUAAAUGUACGAACACAAUAAAAAAUUAAGCAAGAAAUAAAA